AUCUGUCUUCCUUCCUUCCCCUGUAUUUGACGACGAAAGGAAUCAAGGAAAAGAAAGAUCUUCUCUCUGGAAUCGGCCAUGGCUAACCAUCUAUUUCAACAAUCAACCCAACAACAACAACAACAACAAUCAGAUAUCUUCAAAAACUUUUACAACACCCACCAUCAGAUGUCCCCUCCCGUCGCAGAUUUCAUCGCCCGUGAUCUUCCUGAUCGUUCUCAACACCCUCCUUACAUCCCAUCAUUUCAUGUGGUCGGGUUAGCUCCCUACCCUGUUCCUGCAACAGACGCUAGUGAUGGGUUAGCUGUUGAUUUCCCGUUAAACUAUGGCUUUGAAUCAAGAAGAAAGAGACUAAAAGAACUAGAUUUCUUGGAUAAUAAUACCCAAUUUUCGCCUGUUGAUUUCAUUCAAACGAGAUCAGUCUCUACUGGUUUAGGUUUGUCUUUGGAUAAUGGCCGUCUGGCUUCGUCUGGUGAUUCGUCACCAUUUCUUGGUGUUAUUGGAAAUGAGUUAAGCGAAUACAAUGCCGACCUUGAUGGAUUCCUCAGAGUCCAGGUUGAACAACUGAGGCAAAAAAUAAUAGAAAAGGUUCAGGCAAAUCAGAUGGAGACAAUCUCAUACCUGGAACAAAAGGUUAUUGAGAAACUGAAGCAAAAAGAAGAAGAGGUUGAAAAUGUAAAUAAGAAGAAUAUGGAGCUUGAGCUUCAAAUCCAACAGUUGGCAAUGGAAGCAAGUAUGUGGCAGCAAAAUGCGAAAUACAAAGAAAACACGAUUAACCAUCUUCAUUUAAGUCUUCAACAGAUCUUUGCUCGAAUCGGAGAUAGUAAAGAAGGUUAUGGAGACAGUGAGGUUGAAGACACUGCAUCUUGUUUUGAUGGUGAGAAAAGGAUGAUGUGUUGUAAAGUUUGCAAUGCAAAGGUAGUUUCAAUGCUUUUGCUUCCAUGUAAGCAUCUCUGUGUUUGUAUAGAUUGCGAAAGUGGGAUUAGUUUUUGUCCCAUUUGUCAGUCGACGAAGAUUAUGAGUCUCGAGGUACAUGUGUAACAACAGCAUCAAGUUGCGAAUAAAUGAUAAAAUGGUGUUGUAUAUGUUA